AGACACAUGGAGGGUCCCGGGAUUCUGAGUCUUCUGUCCGGGGAGGACGCGGCCGAGAUCCCGGAGCUGAGCGAGGACACCCUGCUGGACACCCUGCACACCCGGUACCGGCAGAGACGGGUCUAUACUUACAUUGGUGACAUCCUGAUAGCUGUUAACCCUUUACAGGCGCUCCCUCUCUACGGCCCAGAGGUGUCGGAUGUGUACAGCUCCCGCCCACUGCGCCUCUUGCCUGCUCACAUCUUCGCGGUCGCUGACCGAGCCUACACUGCGCUACAGACCAGAUCAGCGUCUACAACCGGUCAUCAGUGUAUAGUGAUCAGUGGAGACAGCGGAGCCGGAAAAACCGAGAGCACGAAACUCUUGCUGAGACAUGUAGUUCGCCGGAGCCGAGGGAACAGUCAGCUGAGCCAACAAAUCCUACAGGUCAAUCCCCUACUGGAGGCUUUUGGGGAAUGCAGAGACGGUGAUGAACCAGAACAGCAGCCGCUUCGGAAAUACAUCCAGCUGCGCUUCAGUGAGGGUUCGGUUCGGGGAGCGAAGAUCAAUGAGUAUCUGCUGGAGAAGUCUCGGGUGUCUCACCAGGAUCCGGGCGAGAGGAAGCUUCCAUGUCUUCUACUACAUGCUGUUUGGGUGUCCUGAGGAGGAGAAGGAAGUGUACGGUCUCCUGACAGCCGUCCAUGUA